UUUAGGGUUUAAGCGAUGGCCAAGAAGAAGCGCCCGGCCAAGGCUGCGCCUCGUCCGGCUGCUGCUGCUCCCAGUCUCUUCGAGACGCUGUGGUCGCGGCGGAAAUUUGACAUUCUCGGCAAGAAGCAGAAGGGCGAGGGGCGCAGGAUUGGCGAGUUGCGAUCCCGCGGCAUUGAGAAGCGGAAGAAGACGAUAUUGCGGGAGUAUAAGCUUCGGCACAAGAGCAAUGCUUUCGUUGAUCGUCGGUUUGGAGAGAAUGACGAAGAGAUGAGCGAGGAUGAGAAGGCGAUUAUGCGGUUUCAACGUGAAAGACUGGCUCAACUCCAGAGGAAGAGUAAGUUUGCACUGCCCGACGCUGAGGAAGAAGAAGAAGAAGAGGGAGAUCUUCUUACUCACAAGGGAGCAGCUUUAUCGACCUUGGAUGACUUUAAUGAAGAUGUUUCGUUAGACGAUGAAGAAGAGCUUCCUCAGGUUGCCGGAGCACAAAAAGAGCUCAAUUUCGGAGGUGGUUUCACGGACGCUGAUCCCGCGAGAAAGGAGAAACGAUCAAAGAAAGAAAUUAUGGAAGAAGUUAUUGCCAAAAGCAAGCACUUCAAGGCCGUGAAAGCCAAAGAAAAAGAAGACGACCUUGAUCUCAGAGAAAAGCUGGACAGCGAUUUUAAAGUUUUGGCCGAAACGCCAGCUCUGCUCUCUUUGAUGCGUCCCAAAAAGAUUAAUACUUUGAAGGCUCUCUUGGCGAAAGGCUCGAUUAAGAAUGAUAAAGCUUCUGACGCAGAUACCGAGAAGGAGAAACCAGAUGACUACGACAAGCUGAUGAAGGAGAUGGCUUUUGAAAUACGCGCACAGGCUUCGGAGAGGCUAAAGACAUCCGAAGAGAUUGCAAAGGAGGAAAAAGAACGUCUAGAGGAGCUCGAGAAAAAACGGAUACAAAGAAUGACCGGAGCGCAGGAAUCAGACUCUGAGGCCGACGAAGACGACGGAGGUUCGAAGCGGAAGAAGAAGAGAAAGCGUGCUGAGAUAUCUGGUGAUGAUCUCGGUGAAAACUUUGUUCUGGAAGAGGAGUAUCAAGAAAAGGGAUGGGUGGACGAAGUCAUGGCCAGGACUGAGGCUGAGAAUCCAGAUGCUAGCGAUACUGACAAUGAGGAAAAUGGCGACGACGAUGAUGAAGAAGAAACUAACUUCGAUGAAGCUGUACAAGGUGAAGACAGCGGAACAUCAGGCAGUGAGGAGUCCACGAGGGAGGAGCUAAUCGAGGAGGCGAAAUCUACGUUACGUAAGGAAGACGAGAGUGACGACAAAGAUAUAGAAGAGUCCCGUGAGCUUCCGUUCGUGAUCAACGCACCUCAGACUCUCGAACAGCUCCUGGGGCUGGUUAAACACAGGUCAACUGAGGAGCUAGGGGUGGCAAUUCAACGGAUCAGAGCUUGUAAUGCCAUCAGUCUAGCGGCCGAAAACAGGAAAAAGAUGCAGGUGUUCUACAAUGUUUUGGUGUUGUACAUUUCGGAUUUGGCGGGAGUGAAACCGUUACCUCUGGAUAGAAUCAACAUGCUAACGAAGCCGUUGAUCGAAAUGAGUUUAGAGACGCCUUAUUACGCAGCUGCGUGUGCACGUGAAAGGCUGAUACGCAUGCAACAAGUUUUGUCGGACAAGCUACGAAGCAAAGAUGGAGAUGAAAGCAGCUGCUGGCCGUCAGUGAGAACUCUUCUCUUGAUGAGGCUUUGGUCUCUUAUAUUUCCUGGAUCGGACUUUCGGCAUGUAGUCAUGACACCAUUGGUACUUUUGUUGGGAGAGUAUUUGAUGCGUUGUCCAGUUACUUCAGGCCGAGAUGUUGGAGUUGGAGCCUUUCUAUGCUCAUUGGCACUUUCAAUCAUGAAACAUGCUCGGAGAUUUUUCCCAGAGGCUUUGAGCUUUUUGUUGGUGCUGCUGUCGACGGGCCUGCCAGAUAGUACCGCGGCCAGAAAAACGGGUCCACAAUUUUUGAGAGAGCUUGUUGGAAGUCGGCCUUGGUUACUUCUCAAGGACGACAAUUCUGAUAAAAGCUUUUGCGACCCGGACUUCCCAGAGUUAAUGGCGGCAGAUGCCGAUUUGGAUAUCUUUGACACGGACUCCUUCAGGUGUGGCAUCCUGAAUGCUUCCAUCCAAACAUUGAAAGGAUUCGUAACGAUUUACAACGACUUGCCGUCUACUCCCGAGAUCCUCAAGCAGUUCGUUCCUGUACUGCUGGAGCUGUCCUCCUCAAAGCUCCUCCCAAAGAGUUUAAAGGCAACCAUAAUCGACACGCUCGAGCUCAUCCAUAAGACAGUAGAGGAGCUAGAAAAGUUUCGGCAGCCUUUGCAAUUGCGGCUGAAGAAACCGACUCCCAUCAAGCAGUUCAACCCGAAGUUUGAGGAAGAUUUUGCCAAGGGAAGAGACUACGAUAUUGAUCGAGACAGGGCGGAGAGGAAGAAGCUGCGGCGCCAAAUCCAACGCGAAGCCAAAGGCGCGGCUCGCGAGCUGAGGAAAGACAACCAGUUCCUGGCUGCGGAGAAACUGAAAGAACGAGCCGAGGCCGAGCAGGAGCGUGAAGACAAGUACAAGAAAGCCAUGGCAUUCUUGGAAGAACAAGAGGCGGCCGCCAAGUCCGGUCAGCUGGGUCGAAAGAAGAAAAGGCGCCGUUAAGACAAUGUUUAUUUCUACAGCUAAAAUAAGUUUCUCCGGAUUAGUUGAACUAGUUUCGAUCUAUGCCUCAUCACCUUCAACUUCCAUGUAUAGAAUUCUUCUUCUUGUUCA